AUGUCGGCGCAGGGGCCUUGGUCGCUCUUUCAGGCGGUUUCUUUUUCGGACAUAUGUGUGGCCCUGGGCACUUAUGCCUUCUUUUUGUUGAGUCUACUCCUGGUCCGGCAGCUCCUGAAGCAGAGGAGACCCCAAGGGUUCCCACCGGGUCCCACCGCUCUACCUCUCAUUGGAAGUCUCCUGUCACUCAUCAAUGAACCACACGUCUUCUUGAAGAAACAGAGUGAAAUUCAUGGACAGAUUUACAGUCUUGACCUUGGUGGUAUAUCAACUGUUAUCGUUAAUGGGUAUGAUGCAGUUAAAGAAUGCCUUGUUCACCAGAGUGAUAUUUUUGCAGAUAGGCCAUCUCUACCUCUCUUCAAAAAGCUGACAAACAUGGGAGGGCUGUUGAAUUCCAAAUAUGAUCGUGGUUGGACUGACCAUCGUAAAAUUACUGUCAACAGCUUUCGCUGUUUUGGACCAGGCCAAAAGGACUUUGAAAACAAAAUUUUUGAGGAAUGUAUGUUUUUUUUAGAUGCUAUUGACACAUACAAAGGAAAAUCAUUUGAUGCCAAGUGUCUUGUAACUAACGCAGUUUCCAACAUCACAAACCUAAUUACUUUUGGAGAGCGUUUCACAUAUGAUGAUACAGAGUAUCAGCAUAUGAUUGAGAUAUUUAGUGAAAAUAUUGAAUUGGCAGCCAGUGUAUGGGCAUUCUUGUACAAUGCUUUCCCUUGGAUUGGGAUCCUGCCCUUUGGAAAACAUCAGCGUUUGUUUAAAAAUGCAGCAGAAGUUUAUGACUUUUUGCAGAAGAUUAUACAGCGGUUUUCACAAAACAGAACAUCACAGAAACCCCGGCAUCUCAUUGAUUUAUAUUUGGACGAAAUGGAAAAGAACAUUAAUGAUCCUGAAUCUUCCUUGUCAACAGAAAACUUAAUUUUUACUGUCGGGGAACUUAUUAUAGCUGGAACUGAGACUACAACUAAUGCACUUAGAUGGGCCAUCUUGUACAUGGCACUGUAUCCAAAUAUUCAAGAAAAAGUACAUCAAGAAAUUGACACUGUUGUGGGAAAAAAUCAAGUGCCUUCUCUGGAAAACAAGUCACAGAUGCCAUACACAGAGGCAGUUCUACAUGAAAUUCUUAGAUUUUGCAAUAUAGCUCCACUUGGUAUUUUCCAUGCAACUGCCCAGAACACUGUUGUUCGAGGUUAUUCCAUUCCAAAGGGAACAACAAUUAUAACAAAUCUUUACUCUGUACACUUUGAUGAGAAAUAUUGGAGCACUCCUGACAUAUUUUGUCCCGAGAGAUUUCUGGACAACAACAAGCAAUUUGUGAAGAAGGAAGCAUUUAUUCCAUUUUCUAUUGGACGAAGGCGUUGUCUUGGAGAACACCUUGCAAGAAUGGAGCUAUUUCUGUUUUUUACCAUGUUAUUGCAAAGAUUUCAUCUUCAUUUUCCACCAGGAACUAUACCAAAUCUGAAACCCAAACUGGGAAUGACAUUGCAGCCUAAUCCAUAUCUUAUCUCAUUUGAAAGACGGUGA